AUGGAGCAGCAGCAGACCAUUCGACCCUCGCCUUCAUCUACCAAUAUAUACAGUAGGUAUCGAUUGCCCUCCACGGCCAGCACAGACACCACAGCCAGUAGUCAAGAUGUCACCAUGGAUCAUAAGAGAAGUUAUACCAUAGACAAUCUCAGCUCCUUGGCCUACUUUUCCUCGACCGACAAUAUCUCAACUGAACUCACACCAUCAGCUGCCAUCCGUGAUCGCUACUACCAAUCCAGCCGCUAUUUGCAAGACAACCACCAUGCAGACGAGUUGGAGGAUGAGGAUCACUUUUUGGAGGAGGAGGAGGAUACAGGCACAGAGGACACUGUGUACGAGGAAGCGGUGGGAGAUGUGUUUGAUUACAGACCUGGUGACAGCAAUUUCUACACCAAACCCAAUGAUACACCAAGUAUUUAUAGCAUCAACGAUUCAGUCAUCUCGCUGCGAACAGAAUACAACGGAGAGGACAGUCGUUCCAUCAACAGCAUUCGCACUGUCGACGAUCGCAUGCAAGGCCGCUCCACUUCUCUCUUGGGCGCCAAUUUAAACUCGUUGGCAAAGACAGCAAAGAAAGUAUCAAGAUCAAGUUCCAUUUUUCGUAGUAAUAACAACAGUAGCACUGAUAAAAAUACCAAGAAAAAGCUGGAGCCCUUUGUCCCUGUUCGAGACCAGUAUUUCAAAGAUAACUCGAGCAUUCGGUCUGUGGGUGGUACGAGUUUGUUGUCUAAAUUAUCAAAGUCCACGGCCCCCAUGAGAGCAAAACUAUCCGCCAUCUCGCAUUUAGCCAGCAGACACCAUGCCCGUAUUGAACACACACCGUCCAUUGCCCUGCCAGGCAGAAAACGAGUUGCUGAGAGUGUCUACAACAUCCCAUUCACCUCACCGUCAUCAACAUCGACCUCCAAGGAUCGUCCCUCGCUCAACACCAUGACCAAAAAGAAGACGACCUUUGAAAAGGCUCAGUCAUUUACGUUUAAUCUGCCCAAAACACUGUCUGCUUCUUCUUCUACCAACUCCAAUGCAAGCAGCAACCACAAAAUCAUUGUGGGUUCCACACUAGUAGAUGAGCCUGGCUCAAUUGCACCUAUCAAGACAACCGAACGCAUGCCCGCCAUCUAUCCCGCUUUGCUUUCAAAGGUAGCAGAGGCAUUUCAGGAACGUAUUGUACUGAGCACGAAAUCAAAGGAUAGUAUCAAGUACAAGGAUGUGUUUGAUGGAAAAGAGGCUGUGGAUAAGCUCGCCUUCAUUAUCAAGUCGAAUGACCGCAAUUUAGCAUUGCUUAUAGGUCGUUCUUUGGAUUCACAAAAGUUCUUUCAUGAUGUCAACUAUGAACAUCGUUUGCGUGAUUCGAGUCAAGAGCUCUAUCAAUUUAGACGAGAUCAAUUGAACUUGAGACCCAAGAGCGGCAUGGUGUAUCCUCAGGCUGCGAUCAAUCACAGCAAACCAGUGGUGGAGGAUACCUUGCCCAACGGUGUGUUUACUCUGUUGACAGACUGUUAUUCGCCCACUUGUACCAGGGAGAAGCUGUGCUAUUCAUCUCGUUGUCCAAGACGUCAAGAACAAGCCAAGCGUAGCAAUGCUUCUUCUCCCAACAACAAGCAACGAGGACACAGCCGUGAAGGAAGCAGUUCUUAUCUAAUCACCCAACAAGAGGACAGACUGUGGAUCAACACAGUGCCAAAAACGCUAUUGGACACCUUGAGUAAGGAUGAGAAGAAGCGUCAAGAAAACAUUUACGAGUUGGUGUACACAGAGAAGGAUUUCGUCAAUGACUUGACCUAUCUCAAGGAGCAAUGGAUUCAACCUUUACUCGAUACCAAUAACCCACACCAAAUCACGGGUGAUCGAGCUACAUUUGUACAAGACAUCUUUUGGAACAUCACUGAGGUCCUGCAAGUCAACAGCAUGCUCUCCAAGGCACUAUUGACGCGACAAGCAAAAGCCAAAGUUGUGGAUCAAGUAGGCGAUAUCAUGCUGGCUCACGUAGCCAAGUUUGAACCCUUUGUGCGAUAUGGAUCUCAUCAAAUCAUCAGCAAAUACGUUUUCGAGACUGAGAAAUCCACCAACGCUUCCUUUGCAGACUUUGUCACCAAGACGGAGCGUCUGCCACAAUCAAGAAAGUUGGAAUUGAACGGCUAUUUGACCAAGCCCACCACACGUUUGGGUCGAUACAACCUACUGCUGAGAGAGAUAUUGAAGCACACACCCAAGGAACAUCCUGAUCAAGAGACAAUUCCUAGAGUCAUGACCAUCAUUGCCAAGUUCUUGGCAGAUGUGAACCGAGAGACGGGCAGAACAGAGAAUUCGUUCAAUUUGCAAUUGCUGAACGAGAGAAUUGUCAACAAGAACAUUUCCAACUUUGACCUGGAUUUAACUGCUUCCAAUCGUCAAAUCAUCAUGAAGGGCACUUGGAAGAAGGGGUCUGGAUCCACGGAAGCAUCCGAAGUGUUAGUGUACCUAUUGGACCACUGUCUGCUCAUUAUGAAAACCAAGCAAAACGAAGAAAAGUACAAACUCGUCCGCAAACCUAUUCCACUCGCCUUGCUCUCCAUCACAUUCCCUGACCUCACAAAGCGAGCCAGCACUAUCAUUCCCUUGGGCAGACCCAGCAAUGUCUCUGCAGCCGACAUCAAUAUUACCAACAACAAUACACUUUACGAUGACCUUGAUGCCACUAGCAACAACACUGUCGAUUAUACCAACAACAACAACACUCAUAAUAAUAUACCUAAAAAUGGGUUCCCCAUUUCCUUUGUUCACUUGGGAAAACAAAGUUCAGGAGGCCCCAUCACUUUAUAUGCAACUACAUUAUCCAUUCGCAAACAGUGGGCUGACAAGAUUGAAGGCCAACGUAAAGCCUUGGUCGAGAAGCACAAGGUGUUCAACAUCAGAUCGAUCAAUGAGAGCUUCUUUAGCUCGUUCAACAAGGUCAACUGUACAGCUGUAUUUGAUAAUGGCAAAUCGCUGGUCUUGGGUGGUGAUCAAGGUGUAUACCUUAAAAAGGAAGGCAGUGGAGAUGAGUUAAUUAGAAUCUUGGCGAUGGACAAAGUAUCACAAAUUGACAUCCUCGAGCAAUCCAACUUGAUUCUGGUUUUGGCUGACAAAAUUCUGUACACUUACUCCUUUGAUACACUCUUGUCCACAGAAUCUGGUAUGAAACGUGGUCGCAAAAUCUCCAGUCAUGUCUCGUUCUUCAAGGUGGGUAAAAUCUGGGAUAAAUCCAUCCCGGCCUCCUCUGCCGCCUCCUCGUCUCCCAAUGGUGCCAAUGCAGAUCAACAAGUCAUGACAGUCGACGGUAUUGAAAAGACGUUGGUCUGUUUUGUGCGUUACAAUGCCAUGACAUCCACCAUCCGUGCCUUGGAGCCCUAUGAAACCACCAAGGAAGCCAACAAGAAAAAGAACAAGAAUCUAGGCCGUCUGAUCCGUGGUAAUAAUGAAGCGCUCAAGGCGUACAAGGAUUUAUACAUUCCCGGUGAAGCUUCUUCCAUUCAAUUUUUCAAAAACAUCAUUUGUGUGGGUAGCGCAAGAGGCUUUCAAAUGGUGAAUCUGAGUUCUGCAGAAGUACAAAGUGUCCUUGAUCCAAAUGAUGAGAGUAACAACUCUAUCCUUGCGUUACAUGAAAAUAUGAAACCCAUUUCAAUGUUUAGACACAAGGAUGGCAACAUUUUGCUCUGUUACAGCGAACUGGCAUUUUAUAUUGACAAAAAGGGCAAACGAGUCCGCAAAGAUUGGUCCAUUUCUUGGGAAGGCAAUCCUACUGCAUUCGCAUUCAGAUUCCCUUACGUGGUAGCAUUCAACACCAACUUCAUCGAAGUGCGCCAUAUGGACACUGGUGAUUUACUGCAAGUGAUACCUGGCAACAACAUUCGCUGUCUUCGUCCUGAUUCAACUGACAGGAUUCAUGGUGUCAUGGAUGAUCGUCUUGCCGGAUCUGAAGUCAUUUUUGAGUUGCAGUUGGUAGAUCCUCAUCGUCGUAAAAUCAGCAUGAUCAAAAAUAGUCGAAACAGAUCACUUUUCUAG